AUGUCGUCGAAGAGAAAGGUUAGGGAGCCAAAGGAAGAGACUGUGACUUUGGGUCCAGCUGUUAAGGAUGGGGAGCAUGUUUUCGGUGUUGCUCGCAUUUUUGCUUCCUUUAACGACACUUUCAUCCAUGUCACUGAUUUGUCUGGCAGGGAAACACUUGUUCGUAUCACUGGUGGAAUGAAGGUUAAAGCUGACAGAGAUGAGUCAUCUCCUUAUGCUGCUAUGCUUGCAGCACAGGAUGUUGCUACCAGAUGCAAGGAGCUGGGUAUUACUGCACUUCACAUCAAGCUCCGUGCCACUGGUGGAAACAAGACCAAGACACCCGGCCCUGGUGCCCAGGCUGCUCUCCGUGCCCUUGCUCGGUCUGGAAUGAAAAUUGGCCGUAUAGAGGAUGUUACUCCCAUUCCUUCCGACAGCACCCGUAGAAAGAGUGGUAGAAGAGGAAGAAGGCUCUAG